UCACGAGGAUCACCCUCUAUAAAUACAAUACAUCCAAUGCCCAAUUGUCUCGUCAGCGAGGACGAUCUCCCACCCCAUCUCUUGUGGCAUUCUGGCCAUUGACAUCGUCAAACGUCGGUGAUGUUCAGGCGCACCCAGGCCGAUGAGUAUGUCCGGCCGCCGCCGAGACCGCUGGUGUUGACGGCGCAAAACAAGCCGCCAAACUAUCCACAACAGGUGCACAUUUCAAGCGUGGGAAGCAAGCACAUGAGGAUCUCGUGGGUCACCGACGACCGGCGUACUGCGUCUGCGCCGUCGGUGGUGGAGUACGGCACAUCUCCUGGGAACUACACGGCGUCCGCCGAGGGAAGCCAUACGACGUACCGCUGCUCCUCCUACUACUCCUCCGGCGCGAUACAUGAGGUGACGAUCGGCCCGCUCAAGCCCAGCACCACCUACUACUACCGGUGCGGGAAGGUCGGCGACGCCGACAUGUCCCUCAGGACUCCUCCGGCGAACCUGCCCAUCGAGUUGGUUGUCAUCGGCGACCUCGGGCAGACGGGCUGGACCAAGUCGACGCUGUCGCACAUCCGCGACGCAGACUACGACAUGCUGCUGCUCCCCGGCGACCUAUCGUACGCGGACAGGGUGCAGCCGCUGUGGGACUCGUUCGGUCGUCUGGUUCAGCCGCUGGCCAGCGCCCGGCCGUGGAUGGUGACGGAGGGUAACCAUGAGAAUGAGCAUGAGGAUGGGUUCGUCGCCUACAACAAUCGGUGGCGCAUGCCGCACGAGGAGAGCGGCUCCAACUCCAACCUCUACUACUCCUUCGACGCGGCGGGCGGCGCGGUACACGUCCUCAUGCUGGGCUCCUACGCCAGUUUCGAGCAGGGGUCGGAGCAACAUGCAUGGUUGAAGAGGGACCUCGCCGGCGUGGACCGGCAGAGGACGCCGUGGCUGGUGGUGCUGUUGCACGCGCCGUGGUACAACACCAACGAGGCGCACCAGGACGAGGACGUGGGCGAGAGCAUGCGCACCGCCAUGGAGAGGCUCCUCUAUGAGGCCAACGUCGACGUCGUCUUCGCCGGACAUGUCCAUGCCUAUGAGCGCUUUACGAGGAUCUACGACAACAAGGCCGACGCCCGGGGUCCAGUGUACAUCACCAUCGGCGAUGGUGGCAACAGGGAAGGCCUUGCUUCCAAAUUCAUCAAGGAUCACAAGUCGGCGCCGCUUUCCUUGUUCCGUGAGGCGAGCUUCGGACACGGGCGACUGAGGAUUGUAAACGAGACAACCGCCGUCUGGAGGUGGCACCGUAACGACGACAAGUUCGCCACCGUGGCCGACGAGGUCUGGCUGGAGAGCUUGGCUACUCCAAAGACACCAACCCAGCGCCGGUCGUUGCACAGAUGAGUUGCAGGGUGCCACCACUCGAUCCACGUUGGCUUAACUGCAACCUAUCAGAAUUGGAUGGUUCACUACUAUCUUUACCUAAUAACUAAAAAAAGAGCCCGUGCGUUCCAACGGAAGAGAAAAUAACACACGCUUUGAACGCAAUAUAUUUUCACAUGACAUCACAUUUGUGUUGCCGACGAUGGCUUUAGUGCUCACACAAUGAAAACACAUUUGAAUAUACAGUCACUCGGAAUAAGAUAAGAAAUACGUUGUUUCUCCCCA